AUGGGAUCUUUUCCUACUAAGAAUUAAGUCAUUUAAGUUAAUACACCUACUUAAAAGAGCCGAUCAGAGAAAUGGAUUAAACUGAAAGAAAGAAAAAUCAAUUUGCAAGAAAUGAUUGAGCUUGGUUAAAAAAUAAAUCAGCCUUUAGACUAGAUACAAAAGGCAGUGAAACAUAUAGAAAAACAAGGAAUAAUCAUUGAAAAAGGGCUCCUCGGAUCUGGAGGAGGCGGGUUCGUCUUAAAGGCAUGCAGUGAGUGGAAUGACCAUCUUGCAGUAAAAUUAAUGAAAUAUUCUAACCUUGAGUAAUUAAAAAUUAACAAGAGAGAAUAUGAUAUCUUAAAAAAUAUUAACUCAAAAUAUGUCACUAAAGUUUAUUAAUUCUUCACAGAAUCUUAUGAGUCAAACGGAUACUAAUUUAUCGUCAUGGAAAGAUGCUUAUAUGAUUUAAAGAAUUAUAUUGCCAAAAAAAUUACUUCAAAAAAGUUUCUCAGCCACUAAGAUUUGUAUUAUCUAUGUCUACAGCUUUCCAAAGGAUUGCAGGAACUUCAUUAAAAAAAUAUUAUUCACCUUGAUAUAAAACCUGCCAACAUACUUCUAGGCUUAGAUUUAAAAUGGAAGUACGCAGAUUUAGGUGUCUCUAAGGUAGUAUCAGAGUAAAGAAAACACACUAAUAACUUAAUAGGACUUACAGCCCUUUAUUCUUCUCCUGAAUAGUAUUAGCUCGCGAAUACUAGUGUUACUCAUAAAGUCACAAAAUCUAGUGAUAUUUAUAGUCUUGGAGUAGUUUUUUUGCAGCUGACUGGAGUAGAUGUUACAUAAAAAUGGAUUAUAAAAGAAAAGAUUUCAGCACAUAAUUAUGAUAAGUGUCUGAAUCCGUACUAUGAAGAGUUCAAUAACUGUAUUAUUAAAAAAAUGAUGUAAUACGAAGCAAAUGAUAGAUUAUAAAUUGAAGAGGUGAUUGAUGUUUUGAAAAGACUAUAAUAAAAUAAAAAUGAAGAGAUCGUCAAACUUAAAAAUUCAGCAAAUUAAAUUAAACAUGAUUCACUAGAACAACAAGAAAUAGUUAAAAAUAAUCGAGAAUAGCUAGUGUUACAAGUUAAAACACCAAGAGAGUCAGAAAGAAAGCAAAAUAAAGGAUAGAGCGAUUUAGUCAAAGUUUUAAAAGUAGACAAAGGUUAAAGUAAGGUAAAAGUAAGACCUAUUUAUAAUAUGAGUUUAAAUGAAUUAUUUAAUAUUGAAGAAGUAUAAGAAUAUAAAAUAGAGCCUUUGAUUCCUUAGUCUCAAAAAUAUAGGAUAUAUUCAUCCAAAAAAUAAAUAUUUAUUAAUUAGAAUUAGAAUGAGAAUAAUCAAAGUAAACUAAAUUUAAGUGAUAGGAUUAAUAACUUUUAAUCCCAACUUUAAUUAUAAAAAAAUUAAUUUGAUAAUGUCAAUAUUGAAAAAAGACUAUCAGUUAAACUUCCAUAAAUAACCCCUUUCCAUAGUUCUUUGGAUAUAUCACCUUAAUUAUCUGCUAGAAAUAAUUAAAAAAAAAUUGAAAUUGCUUCAUUCAACGAUUUGGAUUACUAUUAAUCUUGCAAUAAUAUUGAAAAGAAAUACGCUUAUUACCUUUCAUCAUAAAAAUAAUAAUAAAACUAAUUGUAGGAAAUAUAAUAAUACCAUUAAAAGUAGUAAUACAUAUUUAUAUCACCUUGA